AUGAAAGUUCUCAUCGUCCUUGCUCACCCUGAGCCCCAAUCAUUCAAUGGUUCUCUCUUCCAAGUUUCCAUCAACGAGCUCAAAGCUCAAGGCCACCAAGUCAAAACCUCAGACUUGUACACAAUGAAAUGGAAAUCCGAGAUCGAUCGUGCAGUCUUUCCCAAUCUCUCAACCGAUGACCGUCUCAAGGUUGCAUACGCAUCGAGGGAGUCAUACACAACAGGAAACCUUACCGAGGACGUCAAGACCGAACAAGAAAAGCUGCUCUGGGCCGACAUGGUCCUGAUUCACUUUCCGCUUUGGUGGUAUACCAUGCCUGCUAUUCUCAAAGGGUGGGUCGAAAGAGUCUUCUCCAUGGGUUUCGCAUACGGAGUUGGCGAGCAUAGCGAUAAGCAUUAUGGUGAUAGAUAUGGUGAAGGAGUCUUUGCGGGAAAGCGAGCGAUGCUUGUCGUUACUGCCGGGGGUCGGAAAGAGCACUUCUCGGCACGCGGAAUUGUUGGACACAUUGACGAUUUACUCUACCCUAUCAAUCACGGGGUCCUGUACUAUCCCGGAUUCCAGGUUCUUCCAUCUCAUGUCGUCUAUCAAACCGACAGACUGGACCAAGCUGGCUUUGAGAAGGAAGCAGAGGCGCUUCGUGAAAAGCUGAGGCACUUGGAUACCAUCGAGCCUAUCGCUUACAGGCCGCAAAACGGCGGUGACUAUGAAAUACCGACCUUGACUCUCAAGUCUGGUUUGGAGGGGAAGAAUACAACGGGGUUUUCAAUUCAUAUUAGCGAAGGUGGAGCAGCUGAGGGCAAGUGA